UUAAUUUAUAUCUUUUUUCUCUUCUUAGCUACAUAAAAGUUUGAUAUAAAGCUUAAGCUAGAGGAAAACUAGUUUGCAAUAUGAUAAAGAGAAGAUGGGAGAGGUUGCUGCUGCUGGUCUUUUUUCUGUAUGGCAUUGCCAACCCUUGCUCUGUCCUCGUAGAGGCAUGCGUGCCGGAGCAGAAAAUUUGAAGGGUAAGCUGAUGAAGAAGCAGGACAGGCUUUGCCAUGUAAAGGCCUUGUUUAAUCCAAGUCAGCCAAAGAAAAAGGAGCCUUUAACCUUCUACUUUAGACAUACUAUUGAUGCCCCUCUCUAUGAGUCCCCUAGGGCUCCAUUUUAUCAAUAUUUGGAGGAUGAGCAAAGGGUUUUUAAAACAAUUUUUCAGGACGAGGAAAAAACUCAACUCAGUGAGGAAGAGUGGAGAAUGAAAAUGCCAGCCAUGCAAGUCUUGUUCUUGUCUAUCUACCUUAUACUAUAUGUCAAGUUAAGAAUGAAAUCGAUGGGGAAAGACUACCCUUCUCAUGUUCCUCAAGACAUUUCCAGGGUUCUUGAGAUUGACAUUACAAGAUGGGAGCUCCUAGGCCCCUCAGAGUAUGAGCCAGGUGAUUUUAGCCUCACUAUCAAAGGAGCCAUAUACUCUGAAAGACAAGGAGCACAAAGCUGGCUUAGAAACAUAUUUAAUAUCAACAUAAGCUUCAUUGUUUCACCUCUGCUUGCUUGGGUCCCGGAUGAUGUUAUGCUAAACAUUACAAAAACGCUCGUGAAGACGACGAUGGACGAUGUGAAAAUAAAUGCCAGGCUGCUAGCAGAUUAUGACAAAUUCAAAACAGAGAAGCUCAAGAAUGUGGCCUAAUUAAUCAUGUGAGUAGUACUCAUUGAAAAAUCCAAGUACAAACAUAUGUUGAAUUUUCGAAUGUCUUGAAGAACGAAAAGAAAGAACUGCUGCAACUAAUAAGUAAGGAGUAGUAGGACACACUGAAGGCACCACAAGACUGAGAGGUGGUUGUUCUUCAUUCAUUGUAUUGUGAACCAACCAUGGCCAAAUUGUUUCCCAUUUCCAUCUUGAUUGCCCUGUUUUCAUACUCUGUUGUGUAUCAAUUGGGUUGCAAGUUCUAAGAAAUUAGUAAUGAGAAAGAAAUAGGGACUAAAAAG